AAAUAUAUAGACUAUAGUGCAGACAACAUAGAUCUCGCGGAGCUCUUCUCUUUCAUGUUUUCCCAAUUUUUCAACCUCAAUUUUCAAAUCUCUAAACCUCAAUUCAGCGUCAAAUUUCACCUUCGACAAUCGAAUUUUUCAAUUCAUUCUUCAAUUUUUCUUCGAUUAUUCUUUCGCUGAUUUUUUUCGGAAUUCCCGAGCGGAAUUUUGAAUUCCAGGGAGAAAUUUAUGAACUAAAACCAUUUUUUAAAUUUAAUUAUUUGAUAGCUCAUAAAUUAUGAUCAUUUUUUCAAUUUGAUACAUUUGUAACAGCGAUCAUACAAAUUUCUGUGUUUUAAAAUUAUUUCCCUCCAUUUUGGUGGAAUUUUAUGUUUUUUUGGCUGAAUUUUGAUAUUUGAUUUUGUUGGGGGUGGAAAAAGUGAUGUCAUCAUCAUCUAAGGUGGUGUAUGAGGGAUGGAUGGUGAGAAUUGGGAGAAGAAAAAUUGGUCGAUCUUUUAUUCAUAUGAGAUAUUUUGUUCUUGAGCCUCGUCUUCUUGCUUACUAUAAGAGAAAACCUCAAGAUAAUCAGGUACCUGUCAAGACACUUGUUAUUGAUGGAAAUUGUAGAGUGGAGGACCGAGGCUUGAAGACACACCAUGGACAUAUGGUUUAUGUGUUAUCUGUGUACAACCAAAAGGACAAGUAUCACAGGAUUACGUGUCCUUCACUUGUCACGCUGCUACGAAAUAAAAUUUGGAAAAGCUUAACCCGAUGUGUCUUCGUGAUAAAGAUGGCAGCUUUUAACAUUCAGGAAGCUUUAAUCUGGAAAGAGAAGAUCGAACAAGUCAUUGACCAGCACCAAGAGUCACAAGUUGUUAAUGGAAAUAAGUACAUAUCUUUUGAGUAUAAAGCGGGUUCGGAUUCCAUGAGAAAUGCUUCUUCCUCAGAUCAGGAAAGUCAACUUAGUGCCCAGGAAGAUGAAGAGGAUGGUCCUAAUUUAUUGAGGAGAAAAACUAUUGGAAAUGGACCUCCAGAGGCUAUACUUGAUUGGACCCGUGAAAUAGACUCAGAUCUAUCCCAACAUGUCAAUAACCAGGUCUUUUCACGGAAGCAUUGGCGUCUUUUACAAUGCCAAAAUGGGCUCCGUAUAUUCGAGGAGCUUUCUGAAGUUGACUACCUUCCGAGGAGUUGUAGUAGAGCGAUGAGAGCUGUAGGAGUUGUUGAAGCUACUUGUGAAGAAAUAUUUGAGCUUGUUAUGAGCAUGGAUGGGACAAGAUUUGAAUGGGAUUGCUCUUUCCAGUAUGGUAGCCUGGUUGAAGAAGUGGAUGGACAUACUGCUGUAAUAUAUCAUAGGCUUCUGCUUGACUGGUUUUCAAUGUUUGUGUGGCCUCGUGACCUCUGUUAUGUGCGCUAUUGGCGACGUAAUGAUGAUGGAAGUUAUGUUGUGUUGUUCCGGUCUAGGGUGCAUGAGAAUUGUGGCCCUCAGCCUGGAUUUGUGCGAGCUCAUCUUGAGAGUGGUGGGUUCAACAUUUCUCCUUUGAAAGCACGUAAUGGUAGGCCCAGAUCACAAGUGCAGCACCUUAUGCAAAUUGAUCUAAAAGGAUGGGGUGUGGGUUAUGUCUCAUCAUUCCAGCAGCACUGCCUACUUCAGGUGUUGAACAGUGUUGCAGGGUUGCGAGAGUAUUUUGCUCAAAAUGAUGAUAGGGUUGCUACUCCCAGAAUCCCGGUUAUGGUCAACAUGACCUCAGCCUCUAUGUCGUCAAAAAAGACCCUAAAGUUUGAGGAGUCAUCCAUGCAUGCUGGUUCUCUUGAUCCGAAUAUUGUUCCUAAUAGAAACUUUGUUAAUUUGGAUGAUGAUUCUGAUGAAGAUGAGGAUUUUCAAAUACCAGAGUGCAACCAAGAGGUUUACUCUUCUACGCCUGAAAAUGAAAUCAAGAAAACAGCUGUUGAAGAUCAAAUUGACUUAACAAUGUUCUCCGGAUCUUUACGAAGAGACGACAAUGAAAAUGCUCGUAAUUGCUGGAGGAUAUCUGAUGGAAACAAUUUUAAAGUUCGUAGUAAGAGCUACUGCCGUGAUAAAUUCAAGGUACCAGCGGGGAAACAUUUGAUGGAUCUUGUUGCAGUUGAUUGGUUCAAAGAUUCUAAGCGGAUGGACCACGUUGCUAGACGUCAAGGAUGUGCAGCGCAGGUUGCCCUGGAGAAAGGAUUGUUUUCUUUAGUUAUAAAUGUUCAAGUGCCUGGUUCAACUCACUAUAGUAUGGUAUUCUAUUUUGUGACUACAAAAUUAACUCCUGGAUCACUUCUGCAACGUUUUGUGGAUGGUGAUGAUGAGUUCCGUAAUGGUCGUCUAAAACUUAUCCCUUCAGUUCCCAAGGGCUCUUGGUUUGUUCGCCAAAGUGUUGGAAGUACUCCUUGUUUGCUUGGGAAAGCAGUUGAUUGUAACUACAUUCGUGGGCCAAAUUACUUAGAAGUAGAUGUCGACAUAGGCUCUUCAACAGUUGCCAAUGGAGUUUUGGGCCUUGUGAUUGGGGUAAUUACAACAUUGGUGGUUGAUAUGGCGUUUCUUGUACAGGCAAAUAGCGAAGAUGAGUUGCCAGAGAGAUUGAUUGGUGCUGUCCGUGCUUCUCAUAUUGAAUUGUCCUCUGCAGUUGUUCCAGACUUGCCACCCGAUGAAUGAGUAAAAACUUCUGUUGGAGCUGAUGUGCAUAUAUUCAUCUGAACGUAGGAUACAUUUGUUUAAGUUGUGGCUGAUCAUGCCCCAAUACUGAUGUAAAACCAAUACCAGAAGGACCAGGAUUAAUUGAAGAACAAACACCACCGAGCACUUGCAUAUUUGUAUAUUUACGGAGCAAGAUCACCAUGACGCUGAUUAACAUACAUUUCAUUCCCAAAAGGAUUGAGACUUGGCAUUUACUACGCUCACCUCCCGAGUACGAAGAGUUUGUACAAGUUUUAGUCGGUCACCAUAGUGGCUGAUUUGAUUGAUUCUUUCAAUUUCUCCAUUUACUCGACCUCGCCUCCCGAAUAGUGGAGGCUGUAUAAGUUUUAGUCAGUCACAAGGGUGUUGUGUUUUGAUUUUUUCAGUUUUUCCGUAUUAUUCUUAGAUGCUUAGUAUAUCUAGAUUUUAGAAUAUCACAUCAAACUUGUACUUCCUAGUUCUUAUGAGCGGAAUAUACUGAAUAAGAUGAUGACAACAUCAAAAUCUUUGUACUGUUUUUCCAGCUAUAUUAGGAUAUUAGGACUUGGAAGUGAUUAUUGAUAUGGGCUUGCCAAAAGCUGAUCUUUAAUAGCCAA